GGCGGCGGCGUAGCGGUUUGGCGGGCUGCGCUACGAAUCCGGCCACCCGAGUUCGGUCCCCGCUCGUGGGCAAUACCAGUGACGAAUUUCUGAACCGGUCAUUGGCCUCCCCUGGGUCGACUCGGUCUGAAAUGAGUACCAGGAGCGGUGUGUAAAAACAUCAAUCUACCUGGGAGACAAAGACGGCCGGGCGUGGUGCUGGCCACCCACCCCCUCGAGUGCUGUGCCGGCCUUCAUAGGUGCUUCUUGCUAACAGCACUUGCCCCAACAGUCUGUGAAGGCUAUACGGGGGAUCUUUUGUUUUUGGUGGUGGCGGUGGUGGUGCUGGUGGUACAAGCAGCGCUCCGAUGUGUCGUGCCUGGUGUUGCUCGUCGUUAUGUCCGUUGUUUCGCUCCAAUUGCCGGCGAGAAAGGUUGGACCCCAUGCCGUACGGCGUGACUGUGGCAAGGCGGUUGGGUGGCAGAGCGGUGGCCUCGCAGCAAGAAGGGCCUCGGUUCGAUUCCUGAAUCGGGCAUCUUUGUGUGUGGAGUUGGCCGGUACUGCGGGAACAUGUACUACGUGCCCAAGGAGGUGGUGAGCGUGGGGAGCGAGGUGACGGUCGAGUUCCAGAGCCGAUCCGGCACCACGGGACGAGGCUUCCUGCUCAACUACGCCACGGAGAAACAUGCCGAUCUCAUCACCUGCCUGAGCCUGGGAUCUCACUUCUCAGAUGAGGCUUUGGAAUACAGGAAGUACUGCCCAGCCGGAUGCUUCAGCACGGACAGCGAGAUCAUGGGCUGUCCCGAGACCGGAUACAGAGACUCUUCACCGCUGUGCAGGGCCGCGGUGCACGCGGGCGUCCUGGCGGCCGACCAGGGCGGCAGCGUCAUGGUCCGCCGUGCCCCUGGGGCCCACUACUACAAGGGCAGCCGAGCCAACGGCAUCGCCUCCACAGAUGGGCCGCUUUCCGACUGGCUCUUCAAGUUCAAAACCGACGGCUGCGACGCCGCGCUGGGUUUUGCGUCGGGCGCCGUGGCGGACGCCCAGCUCACGGCCUCCUCCACGCUGCAGUGGUACGACGCGCAGGGCGCGCUGCAGGCCUGGCCUGCGCACCACGCGAGGCUGGGCCUGCACGGGCCGCCAUGGGCUCCCUUCAACCUCGACGACCGCCAGUGGCUCCAGGUCGACCUGCAGACGCCCAAGCGCGUCGUUGGAAUCGUGACGACGGGCUCGGCGUAUCAGAACUACAACUUCUUUGUGACGGCCUACAAGCUCUCGUACAGCCUGGAAGGCGCCAAGUGGACGUUCUACAAGACGGCCGCCUUGGGUGAGGACAAGGUGUUCGAAGGCAACACCAAUCAGUGGCAGGAGGCGCGCCACUCCCUGCUGCCGGCUCUGGCGUCGGCGCGCUUCGUGCGUCUCCACCCGACGGCGUGGCACGGCAAGAUCGCGCUCAAGGCCGAGCUGCUGGGUUGCGAGCCGCUGAGUCCGCGUGGCCCCCUCCUUCCAGCCGUGCGCACUCGCCUCUCGAACACGAGGACUCGCGACAGCACCGCGAUGAUGGAGACGCUCUCUUCGCACGAGGGCGGCGCGGCAACGCGCAACGGCAACGGCACCCUGCGCGUCGAGGAGCGUCAGGGCUGGAAUGCGUGGUGGGUGGCAUUGCCCGUUGCCUUGGCAUUGACAACUCUCGUCUCGGUGCUGGUGAUCUACACGUGUGUGAAGAACAGGAGAAGCAGACGCAAGGCGGCGGAGGGAGCUGCGAGCACGCAACUUGGGCGCAGAGCGGGCUGCUGCCUGAGCCUCAAGAGGAUCUUCCCGAGCCGCAUCCCCGAGCCGGCCGACUCGCUCAUCAACAUCCGCUACCACCCGGACAAGCGGCAGUCGCACGACAUCGGCGCCGUGCUCAGCAACAUCGAGGGGGCUCGCCACCCGGACUACGCCGUACCGCUCAUGACUCCAGGCCAGGUGGGGAAGGGCUCCACCUUCAAACCGGACGAGUCGGCCUGGCGGGACGACCCCCACCGCGCGGCCGUGGCUCAGCCUCAACCGCCGUUGCCGGCGGUGGCGGCGGCGACGACGCCGAGCCAGCACACGUACACGGAGCCCAUCCCGAGCGGGCGGCCCGAGUACGCCAUGCCCAUCGUGCUCCAGAGGGCCGCCGCCUCCCCGGCCGUCCUCGCUCCGCCCGCCAUCACCGGCAGCGUCGCGAGCUCUCUCGGCGCCAGCUACGACCGGCCCGGCCAACGCAAGGCGGCUCCCGGCGGACUCGGAGUUAAGAAGCCGCAGCUGCAGCAGCUGCGGCCCGGUGGUGUGCCGGCUGUGGCAGUUGAGGUGGGGCUGGGGUACAAGGCGCCGAUUCCGGUGGACUUGAGCAAGCCGGAGGAGGACUCGGGUUACCGCACGCCCAGGGCGGCCCUGGCGCUCGCACCGGCGUUACCGGCGCCGGCAGGGAUGACGACUGCUGCGGCGCCGCCACCGCCGUGCGACUACGAUGCCCCGAGAGCGGACCGGCAGUUUGACGUUUGACGGCACACUAAGUGGCGGUGGCGGCAGCGGUGGUGGUGACCACUGGGGGGGGGGGUGCCCCCCCUACUGAGUUGUGUUGAGCGCAGAUUCGUUCAGUUGUUGUUCGUUGUGGGGGGAGGGUGGAGACUGUUGCGUGGCUCCCGGUGACGGUACGUGGCAUGCGACGGUGAAAUUAUUCGCGAUUUUUUUUUUCCAUUCGAUGCUCGUGGCCUUGCUAAAUGCGUCGGAUCGUGCGUGUGAUUAGCUCGCUCCGCUAUGAGCCUGGCAAGUCGAGUUCAAUUCCUGACCGUGGCUAUAUCUAAACUGGACCCCCCCCCCCUUCACCAAAUGUCAACCUGCAACAGACCAGCUUAAUGAAAUUUGGUCAAACAAUUCCCAUGGCCACCAAAGCAUGGGGGAAGGCCUUCAUCCAGCAGUGGAUGAACACAUGUCUUGAGAUGAACACUGUAUGUUAAUUGAAAGGAGCAAACGAAACUCUACAAUUGGGACGGAGUUAACGAGAAACGAUACGGUGAAAAUGAGACCGAGAAUCGCACUCCGAUUUUGUGUUUCCAUGUCGUACCUCUCGCCCGUUCUUCGGUACUCUGUCUCACUCCAGUUCCUGAAGAAGCUCCCGGUAUGUGGAGCAAAAACGUCAGACAAUGUCCCGCGGGACCGAAUCGUUGCAUGCCCCAUUUUUUAACAGGGAGUGACCCGCACCUCCGAUUUAGUACGGUUGGCGAACUUGCGCGUGCGAAAGAAGUUGGAAAUGAGGAAGACUGCUGUUGGCGUACCACUAUUGGCACAAUGGUUGGGUCCAUGGCAGGGAGGUUGUUUCUCCGUAGGACUACUUGCGUUGUGAGUGCAAUUUCAUAACUGCUUCCCUUCGGGAGUUUUUUUGUUUGUUCGUAAGAUAAAUAUAUUUUUUGAAAGAUUUUUUUUUUCAUUUGUUGCAGUUGGGGAAACAUUAAUCAAGGAGGAGGAAUGGCAAUCCCCGACCAAAAGGUUAAUUUGCGUGACGUUUUUUCAGAAUUUGUUUUCAAAUUCUUCAACAAAUGCCUUUUAAUAGGCUCGGAUCUCGUUCAAAUAUGAUCCGCCCCCUCCAUAGCUUAGAGGGAGUUCUUUUGCCAAUAUCUCCAUUUAUCAAGUUUUUCCAAGACACUAAACAAGCCUUUGUGGACAAAUUGAUAGGACCUUGCUUUGAAACAUCCACUCUCUUCAGACUUAUUUUCCAUUGGCGUGCCAUUCCUCCCGUAAUAUAUAUUUAGUUCGUAACAUGAACCUCUUCAGGAGCCUGUGAAAAUCAGUAACUAAACAGUUAUUAUCGCUUCGGUGUCCUUAAAGGUUAAAUCGCCAUCCUGACGAUCGCUGUAGGACAGGAGUUGGUAACCAAUUUCCUUAACCAGCGCGAAAAAUAGGAGUUUAAAAUAUUGUUUUUUGGCGGGCGGCACUUUAACGUGCAUCUUGGCGUUAUCCAAUAAUUAAUAACCGCAAACAAUAAAUCGCUUUCACCUUUGAACAGGUGACCUUUGAACAGGUGACCUUUGAACAGGUGACCUUUGAACAGGUGACCUCGUGAAGGUGUGCAGUAAAUCAACAAACGGUAAAGGUGCCGCCCUGCAAUUGGCUGCUCGGACCACUGCUGAUGGACGGGCCUCCACGUGUUCGAACUCUGGAGGUUAUUAUGGCCUACUCUUCCACGUUGACUCGCUGUGUUGGAAGAGGUGGGCGUACCUGCCGAUUGACUAACUACGGCUGAACCCAUUUAUACUGCUGCUGCUGAGUGGACGGGGGGGCGGGGCGGGUUCAAGAAACUUGCAUCGUUGCUUCGACUUCCGUGCCAGGAAAUGGAAUCGAACCGGCGCCCUCUGGAUUGCAGGCCGAGUGUGCUGCUGCGAACCGCUACUCCGCGGUAGUUCCACCGUGGUAAAUGUCGAAACGUGGUUUUUUCCUGUGCUUUACGAGGAUUAUUAAGGAGUUCCAGCGAAGCUCUUAGAAUCUGCUUUGGCGUGGGCCGUGUGUCACACAGGUUUUCAAGAGCAAGAGGCCUGCCGACAAUGUGUUACUGUUGUCAGUUUAUGCGAUGUUUAAAAAAAAAAUCACGAUACCACUGCUAAAAUGCUCUGUGAUCUUGAGGUCGAGUACAGAACGACAGUCCGGUUUAAAGAUAACUCCCUUAUCGACAACGCGUCUUAAGGCAAUUAAACGUCAUAAUGUUCAGAUAGAUCUUAGGUGGUUGGCAGGACCGCUCACUCGUAAGUCGAGUGACAAAGUCAAAAUAAAUCACCUGAUAAUGAAUUACACAAGAUAGUGGUGAAAUGCUAUGAACAUUACUAUUUUAUAUAAUCAUUAACAUAAAUAUACUUACUCUUUGGUUCUUUCGGUGAAGUCACGUAGGUAUAAAAUAUGAUGAAUCAGGACGUUUCGGGCGCAACACAAGCGUCCGUCAUCGGGUGGGAAAGCAUGGUCUGCUGCUGAGGCAGACUGUUUUAAAAGGUUUGAAAUGGGUGUAGUCCAAGGGUCAUAAAGAAGUGGCCGGGGCUAUAUAUUCUUACCUCUGCCACUUCGGUUGAAGUGCACAAUGUUGUGAUGCCAGCCAUAUUGCAUGGGUAACUUUCAUGGUGGCCAUGUUGCAUGGGGGUUGUCGUUCUGGCAGUCGAUUGGCUGGGGCAGUGGGGGGGGGGGGGGAGUCAUGACGCAAUCCCUAGCAACCACUGCCAUCUCACGAAGACGCCCGGAAUUUAUUUUGACCUUUGACCCAUUUAUCUUCAAAUCUUACUGUGACAGUCGCUGCCUGCCUGCACUUAAGACAAAUUUUAAGACCAUUUUGUGUACCCGGGGGGGCGGGAGCGGGGAAGGGGGGGGGAAUGGGGGGGCUGGGUUAUUGUGUCAUUGACAUAACGUCCACCCAGCCCUGACUACCACUACCUAGAGCGAUGUGAUACGGUUAUAGUACCGCGAUUCAACUGUGACAUGCGUGUGUGGCCGCUUGCGGGACAGAACGCCUGCUUUGGGUUCUCACUUUAGCAGUGGCUGAUCCACGUGCGGCUGGACUCUUUAAAGAAACGGUUAUUUCGCGUACUUUGCGGGGAAUCUUAAUAGCACAAUAAAUAACGCCUCCUUCCCGUAUCUCUCUUCCAUAAAAAAAUGUGGCAUGAAAAAAAAUAAGAAUAGGUUUUACUCCUGCCAAUAAAACAGAUGUUAAGAUGUUCAAACGCCAAUGAGAAACCGUUAGCAAGGAAUCGUGUCCGCAACCUAUAUUUUUAUAUUAAAAAAAUUAUGUCAAACUAUCCUGACUCUUAUUCUUGGUUCUUUCGGUAAAGUCACGUAGAAGGGAAAUAAUAAAAUAAUAUCAAUAUAAAACAAUAAAAAUUCUCACGACGUUUCGACUGCAACACAAACAAUCAUCAUCAUCAUCACGAAAGCUUUAAAUCAAAAUUUAUCCUGACUCUGCUGAUGGGAGUCCGGUCAUCGUUAAUCCAUUAAGCCUGGCAGUUCAGGGACGUCUGGCAGUUCAGGGGAGCCUUGGGUUACAGCAAGCCUGAUUUGCUGAUGAAAUAAAUCGAAUGUUCGAAACGUGUGCCACAGGUUUUGCUUUCACUGAACCAGUGCUCCUGAUGGAAUGCGUUCCCAGAUGGCCCUGCGGCCGAUGGGUUGUUUUACGCGGAGAGGCAAAAUAUGGGGAGGAGAGCGGCAUUUAUUCUGUUUGUCUUAAAGAAUAGCGGAGUGUUCACCCGGCCUGCUUUUCAAAAAGCCAAGGCAGCUUUUAUUAGCAUUAACGUGCUUUUAUAUAAACGAGGAUGUUAUUUUAACAAAUGUUGCGAUUGUAUGUUUUUUGUAUGUACAAAACGAAAUAAAGAGACAACUAUGUGAUAGUUUAUAUAUAUAACAUAA